AUGGCAGACGGUCGACAUGCGUUGCAAUGGACGGGCUACGGGUCAUUGGAGUCCGUUCUCGACUUUAGAGACUUGGCGCCUCGCACGACGUCGCCUUGUCCCUCUUUCGUCCAAACUCCCCAAUCGAUCCCGAAGACCCCACCCGGGUGGCAAAGUCCUUAUUGUGUCUCGUCCCCGUCAGAACCGUUGUCCCCAUUGACGCCCACGACAUCAUUUACGUUAUAUUCUCCCAUUGCAUUUCAUCCUUCACAACUAGCAUCAUGCCCUUCUCCGGCUUCCCCUCGUUCCAUAUGCUCAUCGCCUCUAGUUCGCAUUAUGACUCCCCCUAUGCCUCUGUCACCACCACAUGUAACCAGUAACUCCGUUGCGCCUCUUCCUGGACCGGUCGUGCCUCAACGAGCGUACAAAGCGACCGUUCCGCUGACUGGCGAGCCGAUGCAAAUUCAAUUCAACUCUGCUGAUGGUAUAUGUGGAAUUCCAAUGCGGCUGCUGAAAGAUGCCAGUGCAAUGGACCUCCCUAUGGAAAACGGGCGUUCAGUCCCCUUUCCCGCGUCGGUAGCUUCUACUAUUACACUGAGGAUCUGGUGGCCGGGCUACGUCCAAUACUCGCGUCGAAUGACGAUGCGCAAAGCCACGGGAUUGCUCAUGCGUUGCGAACUGGCCAUGGCUGUUUCAGAAGUGUACAAGCAAUUCAUCGAGGAGGCCCGUGAGGAUGCAAGAGACUGUGGGCAAGCAAAAUGGCGUGUUGGGAGAGGUCGCAUCACUGUCGAUGACCUUGUUCUGUUGCGCAUGUUCCAAGUAUCACAGGGGAGUUGGCAGGCGGACGUUCGACUGGAAAAAGAACAAUGA